UGGCCAAUUCCACUAAUAAACAAAAUAAUCGAGAUAAGAAAAAUUCCAAUUGCAUCGAAUUAACCAAGCAAGAGCAAAUGAUACCACGUUCCUUUAUUCGAGGAACAAGUGGUCAUUUACUGCAGCAAUUAAAUGAGUUUAGAAAAAAUGAACAGUUUACCGAUGUCCGUCUCUUAGGCAGCGAUGGCACACGUAUUUCAGCCCACCGUAAUAUAUUGGCUGCCGCCAGUCCCUUCUUUAUGGCCAUGUUUAGUGGCCAUUUCCCGGAAAGUGAUCAGGCUGAAAUAGAACUGCCCGAAAUUGAUACCCACUGUUUGAAAUUGGUUGUGGAAUUUAUUUAUACGGGUUUGUGUGAUAUCAAUGAUGAGUAUGUUCAGCAAUUGCUGCAAACUGCCUCAUUUUUGCAAUUGGAUCAUUUGUCGGAUAUGUGCGGGGAGCAUAUGGGCGAAUUGCUGGAUCCGGAGAAUUGUUUGGGUUUCAAACAUUUCGCAGAGAAACAGAAUAAUCAAUUUUUGCUAGAGAUGUCCAAGGAUUUUAUAAUAACACAUUUUCAGGAGGUAGUGCAGUGUGAAGAGUUUUAUGAGAUGUCGUAUGAAGAGUUGGUUCCCAUUCUCAGCAACAACGAACUAUUCAUGCACUCCGACGACACCAUUUUGAAGGGUAUUGUACGCUGGGCCGAGUAUAAACCCGAUACACGUUUAGCUUAUCUGCCGCAACUUUUACGUUUCAUACAUCCCAUGUGUGUAACGGCAGAAGCCACGCGAUCCCUUAAAACCCUAACUGAACAGGCGGACUGCCAACAAUGGCUAAGUGAGGUGGAACAUUAUGAGGGCAGCUCGGAGUGGCGCAUAUUUCUGGUGGACAAAAUGGGUAGAUCGCCCGAAACUUUUCGUUAUGAUUUGCACACAGAGACAAUGUUGCCCCUGAAACCUCCCCCAAGGGCAGCAUUUGCCAUCAGUUUGGCGGCCCAUAAGAAUAUUCUGUACAUGCAGGGUGGCAGCAUAGGACGCAGUACCAAAAACUCCUAUUACUAUAAUAUCUACAGAGAUCAAUGGUAUGAUCUAACGCCUUUGCUAAUGAGACGUUCUCAUCAUCGUUCAUUGAUUUCCAACGACUGCUUAUAUGCCAUAGGAGGCAAUUCCUCGAGCGGCAUUACCAACACUGUGGAAUAUUUAAAUCUGGUAACGAAUAAAACCGAAUUCUGUAAACCCAUGCUGGUGCAACGUAGCUCCAUGGGAGCUGUGAUACACGACAAUAUGUUUUAUGUGAUGGGCGGUGAGGAGGAGGUAAGAAGUUGGAAUUGUUUGGAGCGUUUUGAUCCGCGUGAGAAUGCCUGGCAUAAUUUAAGACCCAUGAACGAUAUCAAAGGCUAUUGCUCAAGUGCUGUUAUAGGUAACAAUAUCUAUUGCUGUGAGGGCCUGGGCAUGUGUAUGGAACGUUAUGAUGUGCGUGCCAAUAAAUGGGAGAUCAUAGAUUUUGGGGAGGAACGUGAAUUCUAUGAAAUCUUUACGGUGGACAAUCAAUUGUUUUGUACGUGUGGUGAGUUUAUAGCACGCUAUGAUAUGGAGGAGAAUAGAUGGGUGGUAGUACAUCGAUUUCCCUUUACCAGAGACUGGGAUUAUGCAGUGGCCAUGCCCAUGGUUAAUUAUGGCAUUUAAAUUUGGAAAGAACAAAAAGUUUUUAUGCAUUAUUAUACUUAUUAGAAGUAGUUUUUAAUUUAAGUAGUUAUUAAUUUUA